UAAUUGGGAAACUCCGGGUUAAUUCUUGCGAUGAAAUUGGUUCUUAUGUAAAUUUACUUGGGAAGGCAAAAUAGGAAGAAUGUCCUGACAUUUUGGAAAUGGCAUACCACAUUCCACAUAUUGAUGAUGCACAUAUAUAUCCAAAUACGCUUUUGCUAAGUCAAUACAUACUCACACAGUACAAGACAUAGAAUUAAAUGAUGUUCUUUCUAAUUUCUUAAACCCAUUCUCACUCUAAAAGAUCCAAUGCCUUCAAUUUCCCUCUUCUUUACGCCUUGCAAGCCUUAAAUUCUCCAGCUUUGGCGACGAAUUCAGGGGUCAGGGGUGUGAAUAUUAAACUUAAGAUAGGCAUUCUUUGUUGUUGAGAGGUUAUGGCUCUGGGAAGGUAUGCCCGAGUCGACGGGCAGAAUUCUCCGAACCAUUGUUUGGUAAUUUGUAUUGUGGGGUUUGUUUCAACAUGUUUGAUGGCUGCCUGGAUGACUAUGUCGUCAUCAAGUGGCGCUGUUCGCACUGGAAUAUCGGUAGAGCAGUUCAUGGGUGGCAUGCCAAAGAUAGUGAAGGGGAAUGAUAAGUCUGAGGAAAGUGGAGAAUACCAAGACAAGAUACCUGCAGCCGAGGAAGAAAUUGGUGCAGUGAAGAUGAAGGAUGGAGUGGUCGAUCAGAGUAAUAAGUCUGGUCAAGAAAUGAAUGAAUCUUCACCUACACCUCAAGUUAUGCCUAGGCCAACUCAAUCAGCUGAGUCAGAGAAAGAAAAACUUUCAGGAGGAUUUUCAAUGUGGAAGGACCGAAAAGAUUAUAGAUGGAAAGUAUGUAAUGUCACUGCAGGGCCAGAUUAUAUUCCUUGUCUUGACAAUAUUCAAGCUAUCAAAAUGCUACGAACCACGAGACACUACGAGCACAGGGAACGACACUGUCCUGAUGAAGCUCCUACGUGUCUUGUUCCUCUACCUAAAGGGUAUAGAACCCCAGUAAAAUGGCCUAAAAGCAGAGACAUGAUAUGGUUCGUCAAUGUACCCCAUACAAGGCUUGUUGAUUACAAGGGAAAACAAAAUUGGGUGAGGGUUCAUGACCGCUACCUUACCUUCCCCGGUGGUGGAACUCAAUUUACAAAGGGCGCUCUACAUUAUGUUGAUUAUAUUCAACAGACUGUUCCUGAUAUUGCUUGGGGUAAGCGAAGCCGUGUUGUAUUGGAUGUUGGAUGUGGAGUGGCCAGUUUUGGAGGUUAUAUUUUUGACAGAGAUGUACUCACUAUGUCAUUGGCUCCAAAGGAUGAGCAUGAAGCCCAAGUUCAGUUUGCUCUUGAAAGAGGAAUACCUGCUAUUUCAGCUGUCAUGGGAACAAAAAGGUUGCCUUUCCCUUCUAAGGUCUUUGAUAUUGUUCAUUGUGCUCGUUGCAGGGUCCCUUGGCAUAUAGAAGGUGGUAAACUCCUUUUGGAACUGGAUCGUGUUUUGCGACCUGGAGGGUACUUUGUAUGGUCCGCUACUCCAGUUUAUCGGAAAAACGCUGAGGAUUCUGGCAUCUGGAAAGAGAUGUCCAAGUUAACUAAGUCAAUGUGCUGGGAGCUUGUAAAAGUGGGGAAAGAUGGACUUAACAGAAAAUCUGCAGCAAUAUUUAAAAAAACUACUUCUAAUGAGUGCUAUGAGGGAAGACAACAAAAUAAGCCUCCACUUUGUGAAGAAUCUAAUGACGCCAAUGAAGCUUGGUAUACACCACUACAGCAGUGCAUACACACAGUGGCCAAAGAUCCAUCUGAACGCGGGUCUCGGUGGCCAGCGCCUUGGCCAUCAAGGUUGGAGGUACCUCCUUACUGGUUGAAGGGUUCUGCUGUUGGAGCUUCUCCCCAGGACUUCACGGAUGACUAUAACCACUGGAAACAUGUAAUUGCCAAUUCAUAUUUGAACGGGAUUGGAGUUGACUGGCUGUCUGUGAGGAAUGUCAUGGACAUGAAAGCAUCAUAUGGAGGAUUUGCUGCAGCUCUGAAGGAUUUGAAACUGUGGGUGAUGAAUGUAGUUCCUGUCAAUUCAUCGGACACUCUUCCUAUUAUAUACGAGCGUGGUCUAUUUGGAAUAUACCACGACUGGUGUGAAUCGUUUAGUACCUACCCACGAUCUUAUGAUCUCCUUCAUGCAGAUCAUCUCUUCUUUGAUCUCAAGAAAAGGUGCAAUUUUGUCUCAGUAAUGGCAGAAGUAGACAGAAUUUUGAGGCCAGGAGGUCGGUUGAUAGUAAGGGAUGAUGCUGAGACCAUUUCCGAGAUAGGGAGCAUCGCUAAGUCGCUUCACUGGAAGAUCACUCAUAAUAACGAUAAAGAAGGACUACUCUGCAUUAUGAAGACACUGUGGCGUCCUUCUGAAAUAGAAACUAUUGUUGGCGCCAUAGCUUGACUACAUGACUAGUCUUCAAGCUGAAAAGAAUUUUGCACUGCUGAUAUAGGUAUUCUUUCUAUUUGUUCAGAUGCAUCAACUUUUAGUGAUGCAGCUGCUGCUUUUUCAACUGCCCACUUGUAUCUUUUGUUUGUCUAUUUCAUUGCUGCUGUAUUCUUUUUCUUUUCUCUAUAUUAGAGGAAGUGGUGCAAUUUUGACUGUAAAAUUUUGAUGUAUGAUAAAUACAUUAGUGUUUAAUUUUACUAAGUUUAAUUUAUCUGUUCCUUAUUGA